AUGUCCCUUGCACCGAGGCAGAGACGCCCUCAACCUUCCCAUCCGUCGCCUUCGUCUUCAUCUUCGUACACGAAGCUUGAUAAGCCCCAGAAAUCGGACGGCGGCGAAGAGGUGGACAAAGGGUUGGGAUGGUUCUUACCCUUUUUUGCUCUGGGAAUGCUCAGGUACAUGAGUGCCUCCUCCAACAUUAUCCACGACUGCGAUGAGGUCUUCAAUUACUGGGAACCCCUUCAUUAUCUGCUUUACAAAUCUGGGUUUCAGACCUGGGAAUACAGUUCACAGUUUGCUCUUCGGUCGUACUUGUACCUUUUACUCCAUGAAAUAGUGGGGCGACCAGCUUCCUGGAUAUUUGGCGAGGAAAAGGUGAGAGUAUUCUAUGCAGUAAGACUCUUUUUAGGUCUUCUCUCUGUUGCCACGGAAACUGUACUUGUCGUAUCUCUUUCAAGAAAAUAUGGAAAACGACUUGCUUCAUAUACACUUGCAAUGCUCUGCUUAACCAGCGGUUGUUUCUUUGCUAGCACAAGUUUCUUGCCAAGCUCAUUCUCUAUGUACGCUGUCUCUCUUGCAUCAGGUUUAUUUCUUCUUGAUAAACCUGCUGCAGCAGUUGCUGUUUCUGCUGCUGGUGUAAUACUUGGCUGGCCAUUCUCAAUCUUGGCUUUCCUUCCAGUGACAAUUUCCUCUUUAUUAAGAAAAUUCAGACAAGCAUUUAUUGCUGGGGCUGUGAGCUCAAUUAUUCUUCUUGCAUCAUCAAUACUUAUAGACUUCUACUAUUAUGGAAGAUGGACUUCUUCUGUUUUGAACCUGUUGAUAUAUAAUGUCGCUGGAGGUGGCGAAAGUCAUUUAUAUGGGACCGAGGGACCAUCAUAUUACCUAAGGAAUGGAUUUAACAAUUUCAACUUUGGUUUUGUUCUUGCUAUGCUGUUCUUGGGAUUUUUGCCAAUUGCAAAGAAGAAAUAUGCACCAGACCUGUUGAUUAUAGUAUCUCCUAUCUAUAUUUGGCUGGGGUUUAUGUCAUUGCAGCCACAUAAAGAAGAAAGGUUUCUUUAUCCAGUAUAUACACUUAUCUGCGUUGCUGCUUCAGCAGUUAUUGAGAGCUUUCCUGAUCUCUUCCGUGACAAAUAUAAUCCAGAGAGUAAUCUUAUUUUAGUUAAGAUAGCCAAAGUUCUGAGGCCAGUCAUUCUUAGCCUCAUAUUAUGUUUCUCUCAUUCCCGUACAUUUUCUCUGAUUCAUGGUUAUUCUGCUCCGAUGGAGGUUUACAAGAUUUUGGAGCAUCAUGAUGAUGCAGGAACGGGUUCUGUACUUUGUGUUGGAAGUGAAUGGCAUCGCUUUCCUUCAUCAUUUUUCGUCCCUGAAUUUGUGGGACAAGUUCGGUGGAUUGAUGAUGGGUUCAGAGGUCUCCUUCCUUUCCCAUUUAAUUCUACCCUAGGUGGGACUGCAGCAGCACCGCCAUAUUUUAACAGUAAGAACGUUGCGUCCAACGAACAAUAUCUUCACAACAUCGAUGUCUGUACUUUUCUCGUCGAGUUGCAGCUAAAGAGACCAUACCUGACUCUCGGAAGCGACUUGUCAAAGUGGGAGCCUAUUGCUGCAUUGCCAUAUCUGGACCGCGAGCUUUCACCAGCCAAGUAUAGAUCCUUCUUUAUCCCAUACCUGUGGCAAGACAGGAAUGUUUUUGGCAUGUAUAAGCUACUCAGAAGAAUACCCAAAUGAUCUGGGGACUGAAUAUACCUUGAAAUUUGGUGGAUUACAGUUUUGAAUUCGUUUUUUGUAGAAUUAUUGGCUGUAACUAUUCAAACAUAAGUAGACGAAAAUGGAUAGCACAGUACUAGAAAAACUACUUUUUUUUGAGACAGCUAGCCUUUGGGACUUGCCUGAUAUGUUAACAAAAACUUUAGUUACAAUCUUUGCCUCGAUUCCUAACAUAUCCAGUUGCUAAUAUAUGCACUUGAUUUUAGUUUUGGCUUAA